AUGGAAAAGAGCCAGACUCCAGAGAGAACCUCCUGGAGCUCCUUUGCUCUUGGAACAGUCUUGGGGCUCUUGAUUGCCACGGCCACAGCCCGACCUACCUUUGCUGCAGACCUGGAGAAGGGUGAUGCUCUGUUAAGUAGCAGCUGUACCGCCUGUCAUGUGCAAGGCAGCAACUUCUUCGCGUUAGCGAAGAUCAAUCAAGAUGCCGUGGUCGAGUACCGCAAGCACGACGUUCAGGCCACUAUCGCCCGCAUGACCGACGGCGGCCUUGCUCUGCCCUCCGUCGGGCAGAAGUUGCGACUUGAUAACUUCGAAGAUGUGGCAAAUUACGUCUACACCAAGGCUGACAAAUGGUGA